UGUACUGUUUGUUGCUUCGUAACAACACCACCACAUUCGCAGAGCCGCUUUCUUUGUUUUUGGACUGAGAGAUUACCAAAACAAACCCACGAAUUUUUGGUGUGGCAGAUCACGAUUCCUCAGAAAACUGUAAUGGCUUUUAUGUCGGAGGUCAACAUGAGCUUCUCUCACUACAUGGAUGAUGAAUAUGAGAAACUCUUCCGGAGAAUGAACCCUCCCAGGGUUGUAAUCGAUAAUGAAGCCUGCAAGAAUGCCACCGUUAUACGGGUUGAUAGUGCAAACAAGCAUGGAAUACUUCUUGAAGUUGUACAAAUCCUCACUGAUCUAAACCUCAUCAUAACUAAGGCUUACAUUUCUUCUGAUGGUGGAUGGUUCAUGGAUGUUUUUAAUGUUACUGGCCAAGAUGGAAACAAGGUUACUGAUGAAGCUAUUUUGGAUUACAUUAGAAAGUCUCUUGGUCCCGAAUCUUGUGUUACAUCUCCUAUGAGAUCUGUUGGGGUUAAGCAAACAACGGACCACAUUGCAAUUGAGCUUAUGGGGACUGAUAGGCCAGGGCUGCUUUCAGAAGUGAGUGCUGUUCUGACCAACCUCAAGUGCAAUAUAGUGAAUGCAGAGGUGUGGACUCACAACACUCGUGCUGCUGCUGUAAUGCACGUGACUGACGAAGAAUCCGGUUCGGCCAUUACUGAUCCUCAGAGGCUUUCUAUAAUCAAGGAGCUUCUAUGCAAUGUUCUUGGUGGUGGCAACAAGAAGAGGGGGGCUAAGACUGUUGUCACAGAUGAAGCCACACACACUGAGAGAAGGCUUCACCAAAUGAUGUUUGCUGAUAGGGAUUAUGAACGAGUUAAUGAUGAUGAUGACUUUGAUGAGAAGCAAAGGCCAAAUGUGAAUGUUGUGAAUUGGUCUGACAAGGAUUAUUCUGUGGUUACUAUUCAGUGUAAGGAUAGGCCAAAGCUUCUCUUCGACACAGUUUGUACUUUGACAGACAUGCAGUAUGUGGUUUUUCAUGCAAACAUCGAUGCUGAGGGUCCAGAAGCAUAUCAGGAAUACUACAUCAAGCACAUAGAUGGGUCCCCUGUGAAAUCAGAUGCAGAAAGACAAAGAGUGAUACAAUGUCUUGCAGCUGCAAUUCAAAGAAGAGUUUCUGAGGGUUUGAAGCUAGAGCUCUGCACCACCGACAGAGUUGGAUUACUAUCUGAUGUUACACGAAUCUUUAGAGAGAAUAGCCUCACAGUUACAAGGGCAGAAGUGGCCACAAAAGGAGGCAAAGCUGUGAACACUUUCUAUGUUCGUGGUGCUUCUGGUUUCCCUGUUGAUUCUAAGACCAUAGAAUCCAUAAGGCAAACGAUUGGCAAUACAAUCCUUAAAGUAAAGGGUAGUCCUGAAGAGAUGAAAUCUGUUCCUCAGGAUUCUCCUACCAGAUCCCUCUUUAGUGGUCUUUUCAAGUCCAGAUCUUUUGUGAACUUUGGCUUGGUUAAGUCCUAUUCUUGAGAAAGCCAUUACCACACUUGUUGCUGUCUUUUCUUGUGUACAGUGAAAGAGGUGAAGAUGCAAAAGGGCUUUUACUAGGAAGUGUGACACGACUUUAGUUUUAGGGAAGUAAGUAGGAACACCAUCAUAUCACACGCUAGGGAGAAAAGUGGCUUGUAAAUUCUCUACCCCUUCUGCUUUAUAUAGCUUAGUUUUUUCCAAUAUGGAAUCCAAUCACACUAGGUUGAGUGAUGAAAGCAAAAGAGAACCUUAGUUGUGUAAGCUUGAAACAAGUAGUUUCAAGCUUUUCAUCAUUUGUAAAUAUACUCAUUCAUUUUCUAGCAGCAGUUAUAAUCUUUCUCAUCUUCCUCA